AUGCCGUUCGUGGCCGGCCUUGUUAGUGUGCUGUCUGUGCGAAUCUCUGCCUCUACAACGCCAAAGACUCAGUUGACCACCAUCGUGAGAAUAGGAGAUCUAGAGCUUCCCACCGCCUCUAAGGCCACCUAUGUAGACUUUUCACUCUCACUCGGCCCCCACUUAAAAAAGGGUCCUAACGUUUCAUCUAGAUAUAUAAGUCAUGCGGCGAAAAGACAGACAGACACACGCUUAUGCAGCCGCACGUACUCUGCUACUGCGCCGGAAAACGUGGAUAUCAUUGACAGUUUAAGUGUACACUGGUUGCUGGUAGAAGUGGGCUGA